UGUGAUGAGGUUCUUUCCGUGAAGUGCGAAUUGCGUGUUCUCUGUUAGAAAUUCCCAGCUUUCCUUCCGAUAGCGUGCUGCUCAUUUUUCUCUACCUUUCGGUGCUUUUCUUUUACAACCUUUCUGUGUUGCGUUUCUCGAUCGUCUUGCCGUAGCUGGCAUACGGAGUACUCCUGCUGGUGCAGUUAUCAAAACAACAACCAACUCUCCCUGUUUCGUGGUCGUGUUGUCCAGGGUUUCCAGCGGAAGCGCAUUAGCAUAAUUGUCCAGAACAUCAGUAGAUAAAUCGCGUCGUGUUGUAAAAUCGCAACCCUCCACAGCAUAAGGGAGCGAAAGAAGAACGGAAGGUGCGUGGUCGCUGCUCCACUGUGUACAGUUUUUAUUUGCGUUGAUGACACAAUGACAAAAAGAUUCCGACUGUGCUCGUGCGAGAAAAGAAAAUAAGAAAAAUUAAAUACCCUACCUGAGUAGCCCAAAGUGGUCACCGUCGCGGCGGAAAAGCCCUGUCUACUAUUUCCGUUGUUAUUCUGGAGUAUAGUGUGUCUGUUUGGUUGUGUGAAAUUGUUCCGUAGUUUCCAAAGUGCAAAGAUUUAUCCUCCUGGCUCCUGCGGGAUUGUGCCAUUCGCAAGGUUUUGUUAUAUAACAAACGUAAUUAGACAGUAUAUUAAAAAAUAAAACACAACGAGAUGAAACCGUCCCAUUGAUGCUCCGCAUUUAAUAGCCAACCGAAAGUCUUCACUGGUUCCUUCCGUGCCGCGAAGAAAGUUCGGCGUAAACAGAACAAGUCUGACGCAAUCAUUGUGUUUUUGUGCUGCGGUGCUCGUGUGUAUUCCCCGCGGGGUAGCCUGCUCCGUUGCGGCGUUCGCUUCGUUUUGAUAUUCCCGGGAUCGAGUCAUCUGACUUGGAUUAGUCAAAACAACGUCAACCGAAGGGUGAGUGAAGGAAGUGGUGAAUCGGUGCAAAGCGGUUCGGUUUGCCAUCGUCAUGUAUACAAUGAAACCAAUUCCGGUGCAACAGCUGCCCACACAGCAGCAGCAACAGCAAACGGCCAUGCAGCGACAACCGAAAACAACGCUUAUCACGGACGACUACGAAAUCUCCAACACCGUGCUCGGACUCGGCAUCAAUGGCAAAGUGGUCCAGUGCAUGAGCAAGAAGACGGGCCAAAAGAACGCCCUUAAGGUGCUUCACGACAAUGCCAAGGCCAGACGCGAAGUGGAGCUGCACUGGCGUGCAAGUGGUUGCCGAAACAUUGUAAAUAUCAUCGACGUGUACGAGAAUAGCUACAGUGGCAAUCGAUGCUUACUCGUUGUUAUGGAAUGCAUGGAAGGAGGUGAACUGUUUCAACGUAUCCAGGAACGACAAGAUGGACCUUUUACUGAACGAGAAGCGGCCCAGGUCAUGCAUGAAAUCUGUGUCGCUGUCAAGUAUUUACACGAUUCCAACAUCGCACACCGCGAUCUCAAGCCGGAAAACCUUCUCUACACGUCGCCCCAUCCGAACGCCAUACUGAAACUGACCGAUUUUGGCUUCUCGAAGGAAACGUUCAUCAAGGACACGCUCCAGACGCCCUGCUACACGCCGUACUACGUUGCACCGGAGGUGCUCGGGCCGGAGAAGUACGACAAAAGCUGUGAUAUUUGGUCGUUAGGUGUAAUCAUGUACAUUCUAUUGUGCGGCUUUCCACCGUUUUACAGCAACCACGGGCUGGCCAUUUCGCCCGGUAUGAAGGCGCGCAUCCGUACCGGACAGUAUGAUUUCCCCAAUCCCGAGUGGAAAAAUGUCAGCCAGGCGGCAAAAGAUCUCAUCAAGGGUAUGCUUAACGUUGAGCCCGAGAAACGCCUCACGAUCGAGCAAGUGAUGAUGAAUCCUUGGAUCCGGCGUUACACUGAGGUGCCUCAGACGCCAUUGCACACCGGCCGCAUGCUCAAAGAAGGCGAGGAAAUCUGGCCCGAGGUGCAGGAAGAAAUGACUCGAUCGUUAGCCAACAUGCGCGUGGAUUAUGAGAUGCACAUCAAGAAUCUGGACAGUUCCAACAACGCCCUGCUUAACAAACGAAGAAAGCGUGGCGAAGAAAAAGGAGGAAGUACCACCAAAUCCUAAACCGUUGCUGCUGACUCCACGGAAUUCCUUUUGGUUUUAGGGGAAUGUUUUAGAAGAACAAAAAAUAGGGACUGUUUUAGCGGAAUGAACGUGAGCGCGUUUUCCCGUUCAAUACUGCGAGUAGAAAUGAGUUCGUUAUCCCUUUUUUAACAGUGCGAAAUUGAUUCCUCCUUAAAACUAACUUUUUCGUUGCAUUUUGUAUGCGAACACACGCAAUGCGUAAAUUUUAUCCAAAAGUUUGACCUCCGUAACCAUUUUUUAAUGAUUGAGUAGAGCUUGGGAGAAACUCUCGUUGAUGUUACGGCUUUUUUUUAUUUCUAUUUUACGUGAAUGGCUCUUUACAACAUAUUAAAUGUGUAGAGCAGCUCGCGGUACGAUCGCCACGAUAAUCGCGGGAAGAAAGUAUGAAAAGACGCGGAAAAAGGGUAGCUAGCGGUAGAUAAGGUCAAGUUAAGCCAAUUGGCGAUAGACAGUUUACAUAAUACAUCACUAGAAGAAAAAGCUAUUUACCACGACGGUGUCAAUACCGUUGAACCUAUUCUGUGUUGGUAACGGCGAUACGUUUUUCCCUAAACCGCACAAAUAAGGCUUAUUUUUGUGAAUAUCGCAAGAAUGAUUGGGUUGAAUCUAGUUUAAAAAUUUGCUAAUUGAAGGAAAGUGGGGGGAACAGUUGUGGCGAAGGUUUUAUCCAAAUUUUGACAGAUUUUCGAUGUAAAGAGUAGCAUUUAAUCAAUUUUAAAGCAUAGCACAGAGUUCAGCGUUGAAUAAUAUCGCGUUAAUGCGAUGCGGUAUUGGCAAUUUUGGAAGCAGCUUGCUGUGUAACGAGUACAUACUAUGAUGAAAACAAAACAAAACCUUGUUAGGAAAGAUUGCAACCUUUCCCAUUUUAAUGCAUCGGAAUUAAGAUGCCUAUAUAAAAUACAUGCUGCUUAUUUAUCGAUCGA